GGCCUGGCUCAGCUGAAAACAGACGGUUGCGUCGCAUUCGAACGUGAGGCUGAGAGCGCCACGGGGCAGCGUCGCAGGAACGACUCCGGAGAAGAGGCACGGAAACGCUACGGUUAAAGCCUUCCGUCCUCUUCUUCCCGUUAACCACCCCCCCCACCCCCUACCCCGCCUGCUUUGAGCAGCAGCAACCCGCCAUUAGAUGCUGGCCGUGUUCGUCCUGUGGCGCUCAGGCGGGGCAAAAGCGCAUCUUGCGCUGGGUCUCUGUGGGCCGGGGGGGCCCCUUGGCGCCGAGCUGCGCGAUGCUGCACCCGUCUGAAGGCCACAGCAGGUGCGCGGGUCGCGAAUCGCUAAGAGAAGCCAUGGACGUCCCGAAUGCUCCGCGUGUGCCACCGCCCCUGUGAGCGCGCCGUCCCCGCCCCUCCUCGUCCCACCCGACCGCACCCGUUCCCGCAGAGGGCGCCCAUGGCCGGGGAGAAGGGCCGGCGCAGCGUCAUGGACGGCAAGCGUCUGGCGGGCCUGCUGCAGCGCGGCGCUACCCGCACGCUCGUCAUCGACAGCCGCACCUUCUCCGAGUACAACGCGUCGCACGUGCUCAGCUCCGUCAACGUGUGCUGCUCCAAGCUGGUCAAGAGGAGGCUGCAGCAGGACAAGGUGACGGUCACCGAGCUGCUGCAGCCCAACGGCAAAGCCAAGGUGGACCUGGGCAGGAAACAGGAAGUGGUGGUUUACGACCAGAGCACCCAGGACGCCAGCUUGCUCUCCAAGGACAGCUUUGUCUACAUCCUGCUGGGGAAGCUGGAGGGAAGUUUCCAGCGCGUGUCGCUCCUCACAGGGGGGUUCGCGGCCUUCUCCUCCUGCUUCCCGGGCCUGUGUGAGGGCAAGCCAGCUGCCAUCCUCCCCAUGAGCCUCUCCCAGCCCUGCCUGCCGGUGGCCAACGUGGGCCCCACCCGCAUCUUGCCCCACCUCUACCUGGGCUCCCAGAAGGACGUGCUCAACAAGGACCUGAUGGCCCAGAAUGGCAUCACCUACGUUCUGAACGCCAGCAACACCUGCCCCAAGCCGGACUUCAUUUGCGACAGCCACUUCAUGCGCAUACCCGUCAACGACAACUACUGCGAGAAGCUGCUGCCUUGGUUGGACAAGACCAACGACUUCAUCGACAAAGCCAAGGUGUCCAACUGCAGAGUCAUCGUCCACUGCCUGGCCGGGAUCUCCAGGUCAGCCACCAUCGCCAUCGCCUACAUCAUGAAAACCAUGGGCCUCUCGUCGGAUGACGCCUACAGGUUUGUGAAGGACCGUCGGCCAUCCAUAUCGCCCAACUUCAACUUCCUAGGUCAGCUGCUCGAGUUCGAGAAAGGCCUGAAGCUGCUGAAAGCCCUGUCGGAGCGGCCGGAGGACGAGCCGGGGUCUGAGGAUCGGGAAGCCGACGGUGUGACGCCGGGCCCCGAGGCUGGCCGCUCAGAGAAGGAACCGGAGGUGCUGGACAGUGAGAGCAAGCUCCCUUCGCCCACGUCACUGCAGCAGGGCUUCAACGGUCUCCGUCUGUCUGCCGAGCGCAUCCUGGACACCAACCGCCUCAAGCGGUCCUUCUCGCUGGACAUCAAGUCGGUGUACAGCCCCAGCAGCUCGGGGCCCCCACCGCCCCCCGCUCUGGCUGUCACACCAGAUGACUCGGAGGACGUCCCCAAGCUCUGCAAGCUUGACAGUCCAGGGAACGCCAACACGGUGGCUCAGUUCUCCCCGGUGGCGGACAGCCCAAGCUCAGUGGAGUCGCCGAUGGGCUCAGAGUCGCGGCCCCGGCAGCGGCGGCGAGGGAAGAACGUUGGGGGCGCGGCAGGUUCCCCGGCACACCCGCUGGGUCCGGCCCUGGGCCGCGGGGGCACCGUGCACAAGAGCCCCAGCCUGGACGAGAACCUGAAGGCCUCGUUGCUGCUCAGCCUGCCCAGCCUGCCUGUGGGCUCGGGCGCUGCCUGGACCAAGCACAGGGAGCCGGCGCAGGCCACCACCCCAGGAACGCCCACCGGCGAUGCCCCCUGGCUUUUCGGCGGGGAUGCCCCGGCGAGCGGCGUGCGCUUCGGCAGUAGCUCAGCCUAUGUGGCAUUCGGAUGCAGCGGAACGGCGGCCGGCUGCGAGGGUGUGCGGCUGCGCGAGAAGCCCCCCGAGUCCCGCGAUGGGCGGGGCAGCUGGCACGAGGACAGCCUCAACCCUGCCUCUGGCGCGGCCACUGCGGACAAACAGUUCAAGCGGCGGAGCUGCCAGAUGGAGUUCGAGGAGGGCAUGGCCGAGACGCGCUCCCGAGAGGACCUGGGCAAGAUCGGCAAGCAGUCCAGCUUCUCAGGCAGCAUGGAGAUCAUUGAGGUGUCCUGACACUUGCACCCGUGCACUGGGGCUGCCCCCUGGGGGGGCGGGACAGGGGCAGCUUGUUUGCAGUACAAACGUGUUCAUUUUUUUGUUGGUUUGCGUUGUGACUGGUCCUGACGGGAAGUGGACACAAACCCGGUGCCGGCCGACGGAUCGUCCUCCGACUCCACCCAAGCGUCACCGUGACACUUUUUGUUCGGGGAAAACCUUGGACUUCCCUCCAAACCGGCUGGCUGGGGAAACGCAGCCCUUUUCUGGGUGCUAGUAUCGCCCCCUGCUGGCUACCAGGCUGAAGGGAGGUCAUGAGCAGUACUUUGGCGCAGUGCGCCUGCUGACCACCUGGCGAAGGUGUGUAGCCGUGAGGGCGUGCAGGACUGCGCACCCGGUGAAACGUGGUACCCUCGGCUCUUUAAAGUGCUAAUUAGUGGUUAGUGGCACAGAACAGACUUCUUGGUGGCAAAGGCACCCUUUGUUAAUCUGUUGGGCGGCGCACCAACGAUGCAUGACCCGGGUAGCUUUAACUCCCCCAGGUGUGCACUGAGCAUGCUCAGAGUGGCUGGCUACCUGUGUCCCAGCAGCACUAAGCUUUAUAUAUACCUACAUAUAAAGAAUUUUACUGCAAUUUUAUUGCUCAGUUUUAGAAUUUUCUCCAUGAUUUUAUUUAUUCUAUUUGUUCAUUCUGGCAAUGAGGCAUUAUAGUGUUUGUGGACUAUUUUUUGAUUUCUUUCAAUUUAACUGUAUUUAUGAAAAUCAAACGCGCGCAGACACGCAAACUUUGAGCAAUACAAGGUGUCUCGUCCCGGAUUUAUUUUAGUCGUUCUCAGAAAGCGGAGACCGAGGUCUCGGGGACGGCGCCGCGAUGGCGUCCCAAAGAUGGUCCUGUCCCCGGUGGUACUAUAGCAGCAGCCUGUGCUCCGCUAUGCGUGUCUCAGGCACAGUGUUCGCGGUCUUCCAGAAAGUUCUACAGACCGUCCCAAAAGCCUGCUGGGCAAUCAGGGAAGAUUGACAGUUCUGAGAAGGUGUUUAAACCACCAGACAGCAGAGGGAACACGGGAAUAAUUUUUUUAACCUCUUAUUUCUGCGUCGUGUUUUCAGACCAUAUUUAUUUCGUGUUGGAGCGCAGUAAUGGGAGAGGCCGCGGCCUCACGGCCUCCGAGCUGUCCCUCGGACACAAGCGACGGGUUUCGGCUGCUAGCGAGAACCUCUCCUCCUCUAGCUCUGUUCGCAUCCCACAAUGCACUGCAGCUUAAUGAAGAAGGUAGAAGGGAAUCCAUAGAUCCAUAGGUCCAUUCGCAGACCUUCCACUAUAGUGGCCAAGCAGCAGAGCUGCAGGGACGUGGUUUCUCUGGGGUUCUUCUGUAGCCGAACCCUCGACCAGGGAAUUCUGGGUACUUCAGCACAAUUUCUCUCUCUUUCUCUCACUCACUCUAUCCAAAGGCAAACACACAAAAAAGCCGCAUGAUGCUGACGGCCCUCCUCGCGUGUCAUUUUUUUCUCUAACGCUCUGGGUUAGCGCUCCACAGGGCAACCUCUGAACCCUGACCUUUGAUCUUCUCUUUGUGCUGCUCCACCUUCAGACCUGGAUAGACUGUAUUUCACUCGGUUUUUUUUCCUCAUGUGACACAUUUAUUUCUUUGUAUUUCUAAAAAGAUUACUAUGAUAUCAUUAUUUAAAACAUACAUUAUGAAAAGAUGCAGGCAGUCCUGAUGAUUACAACUGUUGUCACUGAUGUUUAUUAUUAUUAUUAUUAUUAUUAUUAUUAUCUUGUAAAUAGCAAUGUAUCUGCAAAUGGAUGAAUUUAGGUGACUUUUUAAGAGAAUAUUCAGAUACCUUAGGCUGCUUGAUGCAAAAUACCUCAGGUUCUAUUGAAAGGCUUUUCCUCCCCUUGUACCUUGUUUUGUGGAAAUGAAGCAAAAAUACAAACAAAAAAAAAAAA